CGACGCCAUUUUGAAGCGAGCGAGACUGUGUGACUGUGCAUAUGCCAAUACAAUUUGUGUGUGUUUUUUUUUAACUCGAGCCAACAGUACACGCGAAUGGCAAAUAGAAAAGAAGUUGCGCAUUAAAAUCGGCGCUAUACAUUUGCAGUUGUAAACAGUGGCAACUGCAACUGCGGGCAAAAAACGCAAACGAACAAUAUAUUUACACAGCCAAGCAGAAAUGAUGAGCGGCAGCAAAUCAGGCGUGGUGCUCAACUGCCGCACAUGCACCCGUGCAUGUAAACAAUAUAAAUCGCUGCAAGACGAAAUUGAGAUCGGCCCUGAGGGCAGCACCACGCUCGCCAAUAUGCUGCACUAUUGCUCCAGUCUUUCGUUCGAGCCGCAGGAUGGCGCUGCAAUGCCGCAACACAUAUGCAUGCAUUGCCUGCAGUUGCUGGAGCAGGCAUUCAAUUUCAAGCGCAUGGUCAUCGAUUCCGAUGAGCUGCUACGUCUGGGCCUCGAGGAAAUUGAUAACAACAAUGCCAAUCUGAACGCUAACAACCAGGAGUAUGUAAUGAUCGAGCUGCUUAGCGAUGAGGCCGAGGCCCAACAGUCUGCGGAUAAAACGGGCUCUAUUUCUCAAGAUGUUUCCGCACUCGUUGAGGCCUACAAUGAUCAAGAACAAGAGCACGAUGAAUUUGUCGUCGAAGAUGUGAGCGCGGAUACUGAGGCAGGGAUUGGUGCGGAGUUAGAGUCGGAGGAUGCACUCGAACCGCUUAACGACUUCCAAACGGCUGACAUUGAGUAUGUGACGAUCAAAAGUGAAUAUGACUCGCAGGUGGAGGACGACGAUGACAUCGAGGUUAUGGACUCGCCGCGUCUCGAAACGGUCAGUGAGCAAAUACAAAUCCAAAUGCUCGAUGACCUAAUGGUCAUCAUGUCUGGCGAGGAGCCCAUCGAUGAGGUAAUUGGCGAAGUCGAGGGCGACGAUAUACUGGACAUGGAGCGCGAGGAGCACUUGCUGACUGGCGAUAGCGAGGAGGGUGAGGAUUUUCUGGACGACUCAAUGGACGGCUCUGCCUCGAAUCAGGUAGCCGCCGGACCUGGCGGCGAGGUGCUACCACAUGUUUGUCAUGUCUGCAACAAGGCAUUCCGUCAACAGUGCCGUCUCAAUCAACAUAUGCGCUCCCAUGUGGACGAGAAGCUGUACACUUGCGAGAUGUGCGGUAAGAAGCUGAAGCACUUGCGCAACUACAAAGAGCACAUGCUGACCCACACAAAUGCUAAGCCUCAUCAGUGCUUGGUCUGUGCACGCUUUUAUCGCACCACAUCCAGUCUGGCUGCCCACAUGCGCACCCAUGCCGAGGACAAGCCGUUCAAGUGCGAUCAGUGCGGGCGCAGCUAUGCGGCCUUUGAUCAUCUGCGUCGCCACAAGCUGACACACACCGGCGAGCGUCCCUAUGCGUGUGAUUUGUGUGAUAAGGCCUACUACGAUUCGUCGUCGCUGCGCCAGCACAAGAUCAGCCAUACGGGCGAAAAGGCAUUCACCUGCGAAAUCUGCGGCGUUGGCCUCUCACAAAAAUCCGGCUAUAAGAAGCACAUGCUUGUCCAUUCCGGGGAAAAGCCGCACAAAUGUCACAUCUGCGGACGUGCCUUUACCUUCACCAGCAACCUAAAUGCCCAUGUGCGUCUGCACUCCGGUGAGAAGCCAUUCAAGUGCGACAAAUGCAUGAAGGCAUUCCCCACCAAAAAGCGCCUAAACAGCCAUAUGCGUGUCCACAACAAGGAAGCACCAGUUACUGCAACCAGCAAUCCCAUCGGCACCAAUACUGGCACCAUCGGCUCUAUGCAUGGCCAACGCGUAGCGGUGGUGGCGGCCGGCCGUCGCACAGCCAUGAAUAUGCCCGACGUAAUGGAUCAGCAGGUUUCCACCUCCAAAGUAGUUGUGGUGCUCUAAAUAUCGUACUGACUAAGCUUAGUUUUAACUUGUAUCACAUAGAAAUCUACACCUACCUAUGUAUAUAGUAUAUAGAUAUACAUACGUACAUACACAGGCAUGUCCAUCUAUCGCUAUUUCAUCACAAAGCUUGCGAUUCCCGGGUCCAGUAAAUGAGCUUUACUGCACCUGCAAAGAAUCGCAGACUCAAAAGAAAUGCCCUGACACACGAAUACAGAUGUUCAUAAAUUUCAAGUAAUCAGGUUUCAAUAGUUUUCUCAAUGGAAAAAA